GCCUCUUAGCCUCGUUAUCGUUCUUUAGGCCUAAACGAAUUGCAGCUUUUGGAGGUGUGUCUCGAUAGCCUGACUCUGAUCAUCCUGAAAAUGGCCGAAGCCUUAACAGAUGAGGAUGUGACAAAAAGUGAAUCAAGCUUGAGACAAAUCUUGGUGUCAUCAUUGAAGUACAGUGUCAUUACAGUGUUUUCUCUUUAUGUCUUUUUUGGCUCACUGAUGUGUGUUUCCAAAGAUUUCAGGAAUACUGUUUUGUUUCUACACAUAAUAAAUGUACCAUUAUUUGCCAAUUUUUCAAGACCAGAAAAUUAUGGAUUGGAAAAUGCCAAAAACUUUUAUUUUGAUGGUGAGGCUGGUAGACUCGGGGCAUGGUUUGUUUCACCAAAGCAUGAUAAUAUAAAAGGGAUGAUCUUAUAUCUUCACGGAAAUGGCGGAACCAGAGCAACAUCCCACAGAGUUGGACUAUACAAGAGGUUGUCGGAGCUUGGAUAUCAAAUACUUGUGAUUGACUACAGAGGUUUUGGCGAUUCGGAUGGCCAUCCAACAGAGAAAGGUGUUGUUAACGACAGCAAAGUUGCUUGGAAUUGGUUGAAAGACAAGGCUUCGGACUUGAAGCUUCCUGCUCUUAUAUGGGGACACUCAUUAGGGUCUGGAGUUGCAAUUCAACUUUCCAAGUUUCUUUGUGAGCAAGACUCACCGCCAGAUGGUUUAGUUCUGGAGGCCCCUUUCAACAGUGUCUACGAUGCUGCCAAAAGCCACCCGUUUGCCAAGCCGUAUUCGCUGCUUCCUUUUUACGAUGAAUUUAUGAUCCAAGAACUAAAGUAUGCAUUCAUGAACGACUAUUGGAUUCAAAAUGUGACGUCACCGAUUUUAAUCUUACAUGACAAAUCCGAUGAUAUUGUGCCAUACCAACUAGGACACAAGUUGUGUCUGGCUGCGCAAAAGUGCUCACUGAAUGUUGAAUGCGUCGAUAUUGAAGAAAAUCUUAGCCAUAAAUACAUUUAUAAGUCAAAGAAGCUUGAAGAAAUACUGAAGAAUUUCGAGAUCAAGACAAAAAAGCUGUGAGUUAAUCUGGCAUCAUUAAAAAAGCAGGCAAGGGUGUUCAAAAUGCAUAGCUUGCGUCGUUUCUGCGUGGUUUUGUUUGGUAAACAGUUACUGUGUUAUUACGAGAUCUACGUUGUUAUUCCUCUUUAAAAUCAGCUUUGAACUUAUGUAGUUAUCUUCCCAAUGGAUAUGCAUGACAAGAAAGGCUCUGAAUGCAAGAGAACGGCCGCCUGAUUGUUUCUUGUGACUUGACGUAUAGAAAUUGAGUGAGUGACGUCCUUACAUUUUGACAUCAGUUUAACAAACAUUUCUUACAGAUUUCUUAGGGGUCGAACGUUCAUUAGACAUCGAUGCAAGACAAUUUUUGGUGCAUUAAUAGUCCCUGCCAGUAAUUAUUAAUGGUUGAAUUAUGAAUGCGCAAUUUCUCUUGCAUUUCAAGAUGGAUACAAAGGUUAGAGAGAAAUAUUUUGCAAGAUCUCCUGAAUUAAAACAAAAAUGACACCCAGAAAUAUGUUAGCUUCUUGUUGAAGCUUUAUUUGACUGUGUCCUUCCUGUUCAAAAUGACAGAGGAAUCGUCUCCUUUCUAUAAUAUUGCAUAUUUGGAAAAAUAAUGAAUAGUUUUUCAAAGGGAUUGGUGUAGUUUUCAUAAAUUACCAAUGGCCUAGAUUUCAGCUAGCUAUUUCUUAGUUCAAGAUGAUAUCUUUCCAAACAACGAGAAGGAAGAUUUUUCUAUUCAAUGAAUUCCAAGUGGCAGAGGUUGCAAAUUUUUGAGAAAUAUUUAAUUACCAAAAUGCAUCUAGACAGCACAAAAAUCUCUCAAAUUUCUUGAAUGUAGAUGUAUAUUUUUAGUUGCUAAGUGAUGCUUGUGACUUUCAUUAAAACUGUAAUUGCUCUUCCUUCUUUCUUUCCUGGUUCUGGUUUCAUUUUCUCUUCAAUUUUUCAAUUCCAUUUUUGAUGUCAGAAAUAGAUUUUUAAAUUGUUCAUUUUUGAUGGAAGCAUAGUAGAGGCUCUGUUUUGUAAGGUAGUUCAUGAUCAUGAUAAUAUUAUCGAA